AUCAUGGCCUGACACGUGGUAAAGCCAAUUCAUACACUUGUUACUUAAUGGGCCCCACUUUGUAGGAGGGAACUCACAGGUUAAAAUCCUCCCUUCCCCCUUCUCUUUUUCCUCCUCAUUCCAGGCCGCGCACUUCGGCCUACUUUUGUUUCUCUUCUUCUUCCUCAACAAAAACACUCAAUUCUAAAUUAAAUUUCACAGAUUUCGAGGUUGAAGAAGAAAAUAACAUCGUCAUUCUUAUUUAACAGGUGCAAGGACAAUGGGUGCUGGCGGUCGAUCUAUUCCUCCAACUGCGAGAAAGGAGAAGUCUGAUGCACUGAACAGAGUGCCUUAUGAAAAACCACCAUUCACUCUAGGCCAAAUCAAAAAAGCUAUCCCACCUCAUUGCUUCCAACGCUCUGUGCUACGUUCUUUCGCUUAUGUUGUUUAUGAUUUCACCAUUGCCUUUAUCCUCUACUAUGUUGCCACUAACUACAUUAACCUCCUUCCAAAGCCUUUCAACUACUUGGCCUGGCCCGUCUAUGGGUUUGUCCAAGGCUGUGUUCUUACCGGUGUUUGGGUUAUAGCCCAUGAAUGUGGCCACCAUGCCUUCAGUGAUUAUCAGUGGCUCGAUGACACUGUUGGUCUAGUUCUCCACUCACUUCUCCUAGUGCCAUACUUCUCUUGGAAAUACAGCCACAGGCGCCAUCACUCCAACACUGGCUCCAUGGAAAAAGAUGAAGUCUUUGUACCAAAACGAAGGGAGAACAUGUCAUGGUUUUCUAAGUACCUUAACAACCCACCUGGACGCAUCAUCACCCUUCUUGUCACUCUAACCCUAGGCUGGCCUUUGUAUCUUCUCUUCAAUGUGUCGGGGAGGAGAUAUGAGCGAUUUGCUUGCCAUUAUGAUCCUUCCUCUCCAAUCUACUCAGAGCGUGAGAAGCUUCAAAUUUACAUUUCUGAUAUCGGGAUUUUGACAGUGACUUAUGGGCUUUACCGCCUUGCAGCUGCCAAAGGACUUGCUUGGGUGCUGUGUGUAUAUGGGGGUCCAUUGUUAGUUGUGAACGGGUUUCUUGUGCUGAUUACCUUCCUUCAGCACACACACCCUUCACUGCCCCACUACGAUUCGUCUGAGUGGGACUGGUUGAGAGGUGCAUUGGCUACUGUGGACCGAGACUAUGGGAUCUUGAACAAGGUGUUCCACAACAUUACUGAUACUCAUGUAGCUCACCACCUUGUCUCUACCAUGCCCCAUUACCAUGCUAUGGAGGCAACCAAGGCUAUUAAGCCUAUUUUGGGCAAAUAUUACCAAUUCGACGGGACUCCAGUAUUCAAGGCAAUGUGGAGGGAAGCGAAAGAAUGUAUGUACGUGGAGGCUGAUGAAGACGACCAGAACAAAGGUGUGCUCUGGUAUAGAAACAAGAUAUGAAAUUUUUUAGUUUGACAGAAGCUCGGAAAAUCCUAGUUUCGUAUGUAGGGAUUAGCCUUCUAUCUUUCAAAACCCCCCAUCCGUGCUAGAUGUUUAGAUUGGCUGUGUGUUUGUCAUUUUUUGUAUGAGCUGCAAAAUUCAUGAACUUGUAUUCCAUAGUUGUUGAUCAUUGUCAUAGAGCUAGAAUUUUGUCAGGCACGUUGGGGGUUCUUUGUUAUUGUUGUUUCUGCAAUAAUCUGGUGAUCCUUUAAAGUGCCUAGAUUUCUUGGCAUUUCUAUGUUUGGGACACAAUUAUUUGUGAAUUUUUUUAUUGUUGUAUAAGUUUUAAUGAAUUUUCUACUUUGAUUA